GUCCUUUCCUUCAUUAGUGCAAAUACUAAAUAAAUAAUUUGGAGAUAAAAAAGUUUAUCACCUUUGAUGAGUAAAGAGAUGGGCUCCAAGCAUGGAACUCCAAAGGCGUUUUACCCAACUUUGAUGGUAUUAGUUUUAGCCUUGAGCAUCACACAAAUAUCAGCACAAAUUAUAGAUUCUUCAAGUAACUCUCCACCACCAGGAAGCAAUUUGGUUGAUCAGAAUAACAAUGUCUCUGAUCCUAUCCAACAAAAAGAUGAUACAGUGAGAGUGGACCCUCUAGAUAACUUCAAGAAAUACAGAGGAGGAUAUGACAUUACCAACAAGCAUUAUUGGAGUUCAACUAUAUUUACAGGCAUUUAUGGGUAUGCACCUGGGGUGCUGUGGCUUGUGUGUGGGAUUCUGUUUGGAGGAUUUUCACUGGCAAACAUAUUUUGGUACAAAAAAAGAAAGAGUGAAGGGCUGAAGAAGAAAAGAUCAGCUUGCCACAAGCAGUGCUACCUUUGGCCCAUUUUACUUGCCAUUUUCUUGACACUCCUUGCCAUAGUGGCAUCUGGAUUAGUCCUCGGUGGGAAUGCUAAAUUCCAUUCAGAAGGAAAAAGCGUAGUGGACAUUGUCAUAGACACAGCAAAUGAAGCAUCGGAAACCAUAUAUAACACAACUGGGGCAAUGAAAGUUAUUACAGAUAACUUGGGGGCUUCUGGCGCAAAUACUGAAGCUCAAGUCUCCCUUACCUCCACAUCUCAGAUAUUGGAUGCUGAAGCUGCUGAAAUUCAUAGGCAGGCUAAGAAGAACAGACAAAAUAUCGACAAGGGUCUUAAGAUAGUUUUCGCAGUAACAACUUUUGCUAUCUGUCUGAACCUGAUUGCAGUGAUUGCUCUAACAGUCUGCGGAAUACUGAGAUUACGACGGCCACUUCACUUACUCAUUAUAUUAUGCUGGUUUCUGACUGCUCUGUGCUGGUUGUUCUUUGGGGCGUACUUCUUCUUGAAUGAAUUUGCCGAUGAUACAUGCACAGCUCUUGAGAGUUUCCAAAAAAACCCUUACAACAACAGCUUGAGCUCCAUCCUUCCCUGUGAUGAAUUGCUCUCUGCAAAAUCAGUUCUGUACGACGUCAGUGCCGGGAUCCACAACCUCGUUGAUGAGGUGAACGCGAACAUAUCGAUCUUUUAUAUCUGCAAUCCUUUCUCAGAAUCUCUAGAGUACCAAUACCAAUCAGAAAACUGCCCAUCCAAUACAAUAAAAAUAGGAGACAUCCCAAAGGUUUUGGAGGCAUUUACGUGCACAAAUUCCGAAAACACAACCUGUGAAAAUGGUCAAGUUGUUCUGUCAAGCAAUGACUACAAAACUGUGGAGACUUACACAAGUUCCAUACAAAACCUGCUAAACGCUUAUCCGGGCAUGGAAAGCCUUGUGGAGUGCCAAUCAGUGAAGGACGCCGUCUCGGAGAUCGUCGUCAACCACUGCAAGCCCUUGAAGAAGUACAUUAAGAUGGUUUGGGCAUCAAUGGUGUUCCUGUCAAUGACAAUGGUGUUUUUGGUUUUGUUAUGGACAACCAGAGCUCAUCAUGAGCAAAGCCGUCGUUUUUCGGAUGGGGGUUCUGUUGGACCCCAUUCUUCAGCGGAAAAUAUGAUGGAAUUAGGCAAUGCUAAAGCAGUUAAACAUGAUCCAAAUCUUAGUUUAGUCUAACAAGUUAGCAAUAGAUGGUGGGAGACAACACAAGUGAAAAGAAAAGAAGAAAAUCAAAGAGUUUCUUAGUAGUAAAGUUAAGGAUACAAUACUGUACAUACAUACAAAAACAUGGCAUAGAAGAAGAAAAAAGAAACGAAACGUCUCUGUCAAUAGGGGAUAGAAAAUUCGUCCUUAAAGACAUUAUUUUUGUAGGAAAAACUUUUGGUGAAUUCUUUUCUUCUUUCAAAAUAUAGUAAAAGGUGAGAUUCUCAGUGCAGGGGAACCAACCCCAUAUGCUAUAAGAUUCAUAAUGUAUGGAAAUUUCC